UCAUUUCCAGCUCAUGGAAUCACACUAUCACAAUCAAAAACCACACAUUAACACUAUGCAACACCUCAAAAGUCUCUUCACAAUUCUCUUCUUAAUAACUUUGUCGCCGCUGACCGUAACGUUUGCAGGUAAAAUACCGGCGAUUCUAGUGUUUGGCGAUUCUUCCGUAGAUGCUGGGAACAACAACUAUAUCCCAACGGUUGCAAGAAGCAACUUUGAGCCAUAUGGACGCGACUUUGUUGGAGGGAAGCCAACCGGACGGUUUUGUAACGGAAAGAUUGCAACGGAUUUUAUGUCUGAAGCGUUAGGGCUUAAACCGAUAAUUCCGGCAUACUUGGAUCCUUCUUACAACAUUUCAGAUUUUGCAACAGGUGUCACCUUUGCUUCCGCGGCAACUGGCUAUGACAACGCCACUUCUGAUGUUCUGUCAGUACUACCUCUAUGGAAACAACUCGAAUACUACAAAGAAUACCAAACAAAACUAAAAGCAUACCAAGGAAAAGACAAAGCUACAGACACCAUAAACGACUCCCUAUACCUCAUAAGCAUAGGGACCAACGAUUUUCUCGAGAAUUACUUCGCUUUUCCUGGCCGUUCUUCGCAGUACUCUGUUGGUCUUUACCAAGAUUUUCUAGCUGGAAUAGCCAAAGACUUUGUGAAGAAGUUACACGAACUUGGUGCUAGGAAGAUCUCAUUAGGUGGAUUGCCUCCAAUGGGAUGCAUGCCAUUAGAGAGAGCCACCAACCUUGGCACGGGAGGCGAGUGCGUUGGACGCUACAACGAUAUAGCGGUUCAGUUCAACGGAAAGCUUGAGAAGCUGGUUGAGCAGCUGAACAAAGAGCUUCCUGGUUCCAACGUCGUUUUCUCAAAUCCCUAUGAACCAUUUAUGCGAAUCAUCAAGAACCCUUCCUCUUUUGGGUUCGAGGUGGUGGGAGCAGCAUGCUGUGCCACGGGGAUGUUUGAGAUGGGAUAUGGUUGCCAAAGGAACAACCCAUUCACAUGUACUAACGCAGACAAGUAUGUGUUUUGGGAUUCAUUUCACCCAACACAGAAGACUAAUCACAUCAUGGCCAAUGCUCUCAUCAACAGCACAUUCACUCACUUCCUUUAAAUGAUUUUUUUUUGUUUUGUUUUUAUGUUCGUAUGGAACUAUCAUUAUUAGGGUCUUCAUUAUAUAUAUAUAGGGAUUGCUUCCCAUAUUUUUGAUCCAAUAAUUAAACAAUGCAGUCUGUAUGUAUUUAUAUUUCAGUAGACUUUCUGCUUAUGUGUUAGUUAGCGAAACCUGUGUUUAUUUUCUAGAUUAUGCCAUGGUGUGUGUGCCUAGCCUAUGUAACUUAUUUUAUUAUCUUUAGUUAUUGUUUCUCAAUACAUCUGUUUUUCAUC